AUGCGAAGAACCAAGACAAAUCUGAACGCUAUAGAAGUCUUUAUCAAAAUAAUUAAGCGGGAUCACGAUCCAACCAACCCCGGCGAUGUCAUCUUACAGGCACAAGUCUGGUGCUCAGAAAAGGCAGGAAAAAAGAUCCGAGAAAAAGAAGCAAAGAAAGCCUCUCGCACAUUGUUUGAGGUAGGUGCUUACAAAAGAGACAAGGAAGGUGAUUCAACUUUAAAUAAACCUGGUGAAAGCUCUGUUCAAAGCACUGCUGAAGAAGAAGAAGACACAAACGUGCUUCGAGAUGUAGUUGAUGAUGAUGAUGAUGAUGAUGAUGAUGAUGAUGAUGAUGAUGAUGAUGAUGAUGAUGAUGAUGAUGAUGAUGAUGAUGAUGAUGAUGAUGAUGAUGAUAAUUUUUGUUAG